AUGGUCGAUAGGAGCAGCAGGGCCGUGCUCAUCGGGGUCACCGCCGGCGUCGCGGCCGCGCUGCUCGCGGCGGCGGGUGUGCUCCUGGCCAUCUGGCUCUACCGCCGGCGGGCCAGCGUCGCCACCGCACGGACGCGGUCCCUCGAGUCGCCCUCGGCCACGCUGCGGGCCGACGGCGCCGGAUGCGCCAGCCUCGACUCCAGCGUCUCCGUCUCCGUGGUCUCCGAGAGCGUCGCCGACUGGGGCCACCCGCCACCGCCCAAACGCGCCGCGUUCUGGGCCUGGAGAGGAGGCGGCGCCGGCCACAACGGCAGGGAGCCGCCGCCGCUGUCCGUCUCCGGGAUCCCAAAAUACCAUUACAAGGAUCUGCAGAAGGCUACCAGCAACUUUACCACAAUUCUGGGGCAAGGAUCGUUCGGUCCUGUGUACAGAGCUGUAAUGGCCACCGGUGAAGUGGUAGCUGUAAAGGUGCUCGCGAGUGAUUCAAGGCAAGGGGAAAGAGAGUUCCAGACUGAGGUAGCAUUGCUUAGCAGGCUGCAUCAUAGGAAUCUUGUUAAUUUGGUUGGGUAUUGUGUGGAAAAAGGGCAGCGCAUUCUGAUUUAUGAGUACAUGAGCAAUGGGAGUUUGGCAAGACUUUUAUAUGGUGACAAUAAACGGAGUUUGACCUGGCAAGAAAGGCUGCAAAUUGCUCAUGAUAUCUCUCAUGGAAUUGAGUAUCUGCAUGAAGGGGCUGUUCCACCUGUUAUUCACAGGGACCUAAAGUCUGAUAAUAUACUUUUGGACCAUUCGAUGAGGGCCAAGGUUGCAGACUUUGGUCUAUCAAAGGAGGAAGUGUAUGAUGGAAGUAAGUCUGGCCUCAAGGGCACCUAUGGAUAUAUGGAUCCUGAUUACAUGUCCACAAAUAAGUUAACAAAGAAGAGUGAUGUGUACAGUUUCGGCAUAAUACUUUUUGAACUGAUAACAGCCAUAAAUCCGCAACAAGGUCUAAUGGAGUACAUUAAUCUGGCAGCAAUUGGAGGGGAGGGAAGGGUUGAUUGGGAGGAGAUACUGGAUAAGGACCUCCUAGUAGGGAACAUCCCUGAAGAGGUCCGGAUGUUUGCUGAUGUUGCCUACCGAUGCGUUAACAAGAGUCCAAGGAAGCGCCCCUGGAUAUCAGAGGUCACGCAGGCCAUCUCAAGGCUCAGGCAGUGCCAGCUGACAAAGUAUGAUGCGCUAACUCUGCCAAGGAGUGAGACCAGGACCGUCCUUAGGAGGAUAGAGUACCAGCAUGUGGAGCUUAGUGACCUCACCAGCAUGAAAGAACUUACGCCGAUAAGGGUAUCAUGA